GUCGCUGUUGCGUUCGCGUACUUUCGUGACUUCAUUUGCGCUUUUAUUUAUAUUCUCCGUGUUGCGAAUAAAAUGGAUAUAUCUUGGCACUCGUUUAAGAAGCGGAUAUACCCUGAUUCAUAGGUUGGCGAGAUCAUUGCAAAAAAAGGUGUGCGAAAAGAAAGUGCAAUAACUGCAGCUCUAUUGCGCUCAUCUGUGUGUGCGUAGAUCUCCGCGUCGGUGUGUCGGUGUUUUUUUUUACGUUUGUGUGCGUGGCGUGCCCACAUUUGUGGCACAAGUUUAAAAAUUGGCACUAAGAAAGUGCAAGAAAGUGGUUCUGGGGAAAAUAGUUCAUUCAUUAGGCAUAGGCAUCCACUUUCUGUUGAAAGUGGCGCGCCUGUGUUUUGUGUCUUAAUCAUCGCAUUGCUGCGCUGCCUGCCUACGUGUACAGAAAUCGCGAGAGCUCCGAGAGAGUCCCCGAGAAUCCCCAAAAUGUGGUUUUUCUGCCUGGCCUUGAUCCUCGGCUGCGCUGCCGGAGAAUACAGCGAAGUCCGGGUCGUCCAGGAAGUGGACAACUUCCUGGAGAGUCCCCACUACCUUAAAAACGAUGAAAUAGGAGAACUCUUCAGCCAGCUGGCCAAGGAUUACCCCGACUUGGCACAGACCUAUACAAUAGGCAAAUCCCUGGAGGAUCGACCGAUCUACGCCCUAGCCUUAAGUGCACCCACCGGGGAGUCAAAGAAUGGAGAUCUCCUAAGGCCAAUGGUUAAGCUGGUGGCCAACAUACAAGGCGAUGAAGCCGUGGGUCGUCAGAUGGUUCUCUAUAUGGCCGAAUACCUGGCCACCCACUACGAUGGGGACCCGAUGGUCCAGGCGCUACUAAAUCUCACCGAAAUCCACUUUCUGCCCACCUGUAAUCCCGAUGGAUUCGCCAAAGCCAAGGAAGGCAACUGCGAGUCGCUGCCCAACUAUGUGGGUCGUGGCAAUGCGGCCAACAUCGACUUGAAUCGCGAUUUCCCCGAUCGCCUGGAGCAGAGCCAUGUCCACCAGUUGCGCGCCCAGUCUCGUCAGCCGGAAACAGCAGCCUUGGUAAAUUGGAUCGUUAGCAAACCGUUUGUGCUCUCUGCCAAUUUUCAUGGCGGAGCUGUUGUGGCCAGCUAUCCCUACGACAACUCCUUGGCUCACAAUGAGUGCUGCGAGGAGAGUUUGACUCCGGAUGAUCGCGUCUUCAAGCAGCUGGCCCACACCUAUUCCGACAACCAUCCGAUUAUGAGAAAGGGCAACAAUUGCAACGAUAGUUUCUCGGGAGGUAUCACCAACGGAGCCCACUGGUAUGAGUUGUCCGGCGGAAUGCAGGACUUUAACUAUGCGUUUAGCAACUGUUUCGAGCUGACCAUCGAGUUGUCCUGCUGCAAGUAUCCGGCAGCUAGCACUUUGCCCCAGGAAUGGCAGCGGAACAAGGCAUCGCUGCUGCAGCUGCUGCGCCAGGCGCAUAUCGGCAUCAAGGGCCUGGUGAUCGAUGUCAGUGGCUUUCCAAUAGCCGAUGCCAAUGUCUACGUGGCUGGACUAGAGGAGAAACCCAUGCGCACUUCGAAACGAGGAGAAUACUGGAGGCUCUUGACCCCGGGACUCUACAGCGUGCACGCCUCUGCUUUUGGUUACCAGACCAGUGCCCCGCAACAAGUCCGGGUGACCAACGAUAACCAGGAGGCCUUGCGCCUGGACUUCAAGCUUGCUCCCGUCGAGACGAACUUUGAUGGCAACUUCCGGAAGGUAAAGGUCGAGCGCUCUGAGCCUCCACAGAAGCUCAAGGAGCAGUUCAAUGGAUUCUUGACCCCGACUAAAUUUGAACACCACAACUUUACGGCCAUGGAGAGCUACCUGAGGGCGAUUAGCAGCAGCUAUCCUUCCCUUACACGCCUCUACAGCAUCGGUAAGAGCGUCCAGGGUCGUGAUCUUUGGGUGCUUGAGAUUUUUGCCACGCCGGGUUCUCAUGUCCCGGGGGUUCCAGAGUUCAAAUAUGUGGCCAACAUGCAUGGCAACGAGGUGGUGGGCAAGGAAUUGCUCCUACUCCUCACCAAAUAUAUGCUGGAACGCUAUGGCAAUGAUGACAGGAUUACCAAGCUGGUGAAUGGCACCCGCAUGCAUUUUUUGUACAGCAUGAACCCCGAUGGGUAUGAGAUCUCCAUCGAGGGCGACAGAACCGGCGGAGUUGGAAGAGCGAAUGCGCAUGGAAUUGAUUUGAACAGAAACUUCCCCGAUCAAUAUGGCACGGACCGGUUCAAUAAGGUGACGGAACCCGAGGUGGCUGCCGUCAUGAACUGGACACUGUCGGUGCCAUUUGUUUUGUCCGCCAAUCUCCAUGGCGGCUCCUUGGUUGCGAACUACCCCUUCGACGAUAACGAAAAUGAUUUUAAUGAUCCGUUUAUGAGACUCCGCAAUUAUAGUAUCAAUGGCCGCAAGCCAAAUCCCACCGAGGAUAAUGCUCUUUUCAAACACCUCGCCCGGAUUUAUUCAAACGCACACCCCACUAUGCACCUGGGCCAGCCAUGUGAGCUCUUCCAGAAUGAAUUCUUCGCUGAUGGCAUCACCAAUGGUGCUCAAUGGUAUAGUGUUACUGGGGGAAUGCAGGACUGGAACUAUGUGCGGGCUGAAUGCCUGGAGCUAACCAUCGAAAUGGGUUGCGAUAAGUUUCCCAUGGCCGCCGAGCUUUCGCGAUACUGGCAGGAUCAUCGCGAGCCUCUGCUACAGUUUAUUGAGCAAGUGCAUCGCGGCAUUCAUGGAUUUGUGCAUAGCACCAUUGGCACGCCGAUUGCGGGAGCUGUUGUUCGUUUAGAUGGAGCCAAUCAUUCGACCUACAGUCAAGUCUUCGGGGACUAUUGGAAGCUAGCGCUGCCUGGUCGACAUAAUCUCACUGUGCUGGGGGACAACUAUGCACCACUACGAAUGGAAGUUGAAGUCCCCAACGCCGAACCCUUCGAAAUGCGGAUGGAUAUCACCCUCAUGCCAGACGAUCCCCAGCAUUGGGCAUCCGCCAAUGACUUUAGGAUUAUUGAAAACGUGGUCAACACAAGGUAUCACACUAACCCGCAAGUUCGCGCACGCCUUGCGGAGCUGGAGAACCAAAAUGGACAGAUCGCCAGCUUUGGAUAUGCCGAUUCUGAAUUUGGCACACUCUUCAAUUACCUCAAAAUGACAUCUGAUAUUGGCGAGCCCGAGGAACACAAGUACAAGCUGUUGGUGGUUAGUUCCCUAUAUGAUACAACGGCUCCUCUGGGCAGGGAAAUUCUGCUCAACCUAAUACGACACUUGGUCGAAGGAUUUAAGCUGCAGGACGCGUCUGUGGUCGAGUUGCUGAAACGAAGUGUUAUCUACUUUCUACCGCAGACUAGCAAGUUCCAAAAUGUCUUUGACAUGUACAACAGCAACACCUCCAUUUGCGACCCAGUCCUGGGGGAUGAGUUAGCAGAGCGCAUUCUUGGCCCGGAGACAGACCAGGCCAAGGACGUAUUUUUGCAAUUUUUGCGUAGCGAACGCUUUGAUUUGAUGCUUACCUUUGGAGCAGGCAACUCCGACUUGAACUAUCCCAAAGGGGACUCGGUGCUAGAGAAGUUUGCCCACAGAAUGCAGCGAACGGAGUUUAACUACUCGCCCCUGCAGUGCCCUCCAUCCGCCACGAGACAGCUCCACCAGGAGACCACCGAGAGAUUGACCAAUAUGAUGUACCGCAUAUACAAUUUACCCGUUUACACCUUGGGCAUUUCCUGCUGCCGCAUGCCGCAACAAAAGAAAAUCGCUUCCGUUUGGCGCAAAAACAUCGAUAAGAUUAAGAACUUUUUGGCUCUGGUGAAAACCGGAGUAAGUGGCUUGGUGCAGAACGAUAAAGGACAACCAUUGAGGGAGGCCUAUGUCCGAUUGUUGGAGCACGAUAGAAUCAUUAAUGUUACCAAGAAUGUGGCGAGAUUCCAGUUGAUGCUGCCCCAUGGUCUUUAUGGAUUGGAGGUAACCGCUCCCAACUACAAGUCGCAAAUGAUUAAGGUGGACGUAGAAGAUGGUAGAGUCACGGAAUUGGGCAUUAUACGCAUGCAUCCAAUCACGUUGAUUCGUGGCGUUGUUCUGGAGCUGCCAAAUAACGAUAACAAAGCCACUACUACCAUUGCAGGAGUGGUGCUGGAUGAGAGCAACCACCCAGUGCGGAACGCCAAGGUCUCGGUGGUGGGGCAGACUCAAUUGAGGAACUUUACAGGCAGCAUGGGACAGUAUCGUAUAUCGGCGGUACCCCUAGGCACCAUCAUUCUAAAAGUAGAGGCACCGCGCCAUCUGGAGGCCACCCGACAAAUGCACCUGAUUCAGGGCGGCUUGGCCACGGAGAACGUGGUCUUCCACCUAAAAGUUAACGAGCAUGUCUUUGGACUGCCUCGCUUUUUGUUCAUUUUGUGCGCCAGCGUUCUGAUCAUUGUUGGUGUGAUCGUCUGUGUGCUAUGUGCCCAGUUUUGGUUCUACCGACGCCAUCGGGGGGACAAGCCUUACUAUAACUUCUCACUGCUGCCGCAGAGGGGUAAGGAGCAGUUUGGCCUUGAGGACGAUGAUGCGGGUGAUGAUGGGGAAACGGAGCUCUUUCGAUCUCCCAUCAAACGCGGCAUGACCAUACAGCCGUACUUUGACGAGGAGCAGCUGGAGCGCAUUCUGCACACGGAUGACGAUGACGACGACGGGCCGCACAUGGAGCCAGAACUUGAUGUGGCUGACGAUAGCGAAGACGACAUAGUGAUGUUGCAUAACAACGGGAACAAAAGACGGCACUAGAUGCCCUGAUGGAUGAUCCCAAUCAAACCCAAUCUCAAGUGACACAACCACCAGGGAUCACCUUAUCCCGAUCCACAUUAACCACACACAACAUAACUGUGAUUCAAAACGUUUUCAAGAGAAACCAACGCUCUCCCUUUUUGUUAUUUUUGUGUAAUAUCUACCCUUAAAAAGUGAAACACUUUUUAUUUUGAGUUUUAGUGUUACUGAGCUUGCACCCAGAAUGCAUCAUCAACCGUCAGCUUUAAAUAGAAAAUCCUUCUACCCACUCGGCGAAUCUCUCUUUCAUAAUCGUUUAUAUAGAGAUAUACAUUUCUAUGUUCAGCCAAGAGAACUGUAUGCGUAAAUGUAACUUAAACUAAAGACUGAGAGCCUCAUAAUUCUAGCAAAAAAACCAUAACAAUUUGUGAAAAAAUAUUAAAUUAAAUCUAGGUAAAAAGAAACCGAAAAUCACAGCCAACAGCAGCAGAAGAACGGGUUGAGUUUGUUUUAAUAAAAUAAUUAACUACCAAUGAAUCAAAUAUUCAAUGUCAAUAUUAAAUUAUACUUAUUUACUAAGCAUUGUCUUCAGAACGUUUAAUUACUUGGCAGCUCAUUGUACAGAAAAUUUAUUCUUAACGAUUAAUUUUGAGCUUACUGUUUUACAAUUUAUUAAACCAUAUUAAGUAGCUUUUAUCAAAAAUUGAAUGGCUCCUCACAUGAACUCUAACCCUCUGUAUCUAAAAAAUGAUUUUAAAUGCUGGAAAAAAUUGUGCAAGAGAGAAUCACAACAAAAUCAGUUAACAGCUUUUGUAAUUUUUUGAAUAUGCCUAACAUAUAAAAUUCAAACGUAAAAUCAAAUCGAUUUACAUAAACAAAUAAUACAUAUAAACGUGUAUUGCACGAUUUUAUCUAAAUAGAGCACAAAAAGACAAAGCGGUAGAAAAUAACGUGAAAGUAAAAUAAUAUAUAUAUCAUAUACAUAAACAUAUAUCGUAUACAUAUCCUAAUAUAUGUCAAUUUAAACUAAGUAAGCAACUGAAGCUAAAUAAAAAAACUAUGUUACACAAA